ACCUCUUUGACAUUCCCAAGGUUAUAUUUGACAUUUUCAAAGUUAGCCGCUGAUCAAGAUAGAUUUUUUUGUAAAAGUUUCGAAGAAAUCUAAUUAAAAUGGCUUUAAAUAAACUAAGUAUCGAUGCCCUCAACUUGGCUGGCAAGCGUGUGCUCAUGCGAGUGGAUUUCAAUGUUCCCCUAAAGGAGGGUGUAAUCACUAACAACCAGCGUAUUGUUGCGGCUUUGGAUUCUGUCAAAUAUGCCUUGGAGAAGGGUGCCAAGUCAGUGGUGCUUAUGUCACAUCUGGGCAGGCCGGAUGGGCAAGCAAACCUCAAAUACACCUUAAAGCCAGUCGCUGAAGAACUCAAGAAACUCUUAAACAAAGACGUGACAUUCCUGCCUGACUGUGUGGGCCCUGAAGUAGAGGCUGCCUGCGCUGACCCUGCACCAGGCUCCAUCAUCUUGCUGGAGAACCUCCGUUUCCACAUUGAGGAGGAAGGCAAGGGUCUUGAUGCAUCUGGAGCCAAGGCUAAGGCUGACCCUGAGAAGGUCAAGGCUUUCAGAGCUAGCUUGAGGAAGCUGGGUGAUGUUUACAUCAAUGAUGCUUUUGGCACAGCCCACAGAGCCCACAGCUCAAUGAUGGGUGAGGGCUUUGAACAGAGAGCCAGUGGCUUCUUGUUGAAGAAGGAGCUUCAGUACUUUGCCAAGGCUCUGCAUGAGCCUGAAAGGCCAUUCCUUGCAAUCUUGGGAGGUGCUAAGGUGGCUGACAAAAUUCAGCUUAUUGAGAACUUGCUGGACAAGGUCAAUGAGAUGAUCAUCGGAGGUGGCAUGGCCUACACUUUCCUCAAGGAAACACAGGGUAUGGCUAUCGGAAACUCCUUGUACGAUGGUGAAGGCGCGAAGAUUGUCGCUAAACUGUUGGAAAAGGCUGCCAAGAACAAUGUGAAAGUACACCUACCAGUUGACUUUGUCACUGCUGACAAGUUUGACGAGAAUGCACAGGUUGGUGCUGCUGAUGUUGCGAGUGGUAUCCCUGAAGGCUGGAUGGGUCUCGAUGUUGGACCUAAAUCAAGGGAACUCUUUGCUGAUCCCAUUGCCAGAGCUAAAGUCAUUGUAUGGAACGGACCUGCUGGUGUGUUUGAGUUCGAGAAGUUCGCUGGUGGCACCCGUGCGUUGAUGGAUGGCGUUGUUAAAGCUACUACCAAUGGCACCAUCACCAUUAUUGGUGGAGGUGACACAGCUACCUGCUGUGCCAAAUGGGGCACUGAGGAUAAGGUGUCUCACGUGUCCACCGGAGGUGGCGCCUCCCUUGAACUGCUUGAGGGUAAAGUACUGCCAGGAGUUGCAGCCCUGUCUGACGCAUAAACAAUAGAUGUUAUCUAGAGCAAGGAGUAUUUAUACCAAAAUGUAAACCUUUUUGCUUCAUAGAAGUGUUCAUGAAAUUAUCCUAUUUGAUAGAGCGAGAAUAUCAAGAAAGAAAUUAUGUUUUUUAAGUGAUCGUAUGUAUAUUGUAUACUGUAUAGUACAUUAUUUUUAAGUUUUAGAAAAGAGAAAUGUGUCAUGUGAAUCGAAUAGUGAAAUUAUUUAUUACCAUCAUAAAUCGAAUAAAAUGUUGGUUAUAAAAACUU